GAGAAUAGCAGAGCAAUGGGAUAUGUCAUUUCAGGGUGGCCAUGUGAAAACAGGGCUGGGGGAAGGGAAACUUGGAGUUUCCUGAAAGUCUUGCAGCUCAGGCACCUUGCAUCCCAGAUCCCUGGUCCCUGUCUGACGCUGUGCUGUGUGCAGGUGGAGCAGAUCCUGUCAGAGUUCCGUCUGAAGGAGGAGGACCUGAAGAAGGUGAUGUACCGCAUGCAGAAGGAGAUGGACCGAGGGCUCAAGCUGGAGACGCACGAGGAAGCCUCUGUGAAAAUGCUGCCCACCUACGUGCGCUCCACCCCCGAGGGCUCUGAGGUGGGAGAUUUCCUGUCUCUGGACCUGGGCGGCACCAACUUCCGUGUGAUGCUGGUGAAGGUGGGCGAGGGGGAGGAGGGGCAGUGGAAGGUGAAGACGAAGCACCAGAUGUACUCCAUCCCAGAGGAUGCCAUGACUGGGACGGCUGAGAUGCUCUUCGACUACAUCUCCGAGUGCAUCUCUGAUUUCCUGGACAAGCACCAGAUGAAGCACAAAAAGCUGCCCCUGGGCUUCACCUUCUCCUUCCCUGUGCGGCAUGAGGACAUCGACAAGGGCAUCCUCCUGAACUGGACCAAGGGCUUCAAAGCCUCGGGCGCGGAAGGGAACAACGUGGUGGGGCUGCUGAGGGACGCCAUCAAACGGCGAGGGGACUUCGAGAUGGACGUGGUGGCGAUGGUGAACGACACGGUGGCCACGAUGAUCUCCUGCUACUACGAAGAUCACCGGUGCGAGGUUGGGAUGAUUGUGGGGACGGGCUGCAACGCCUGCUACAUGGAGGAGAUGCACAACGUGGAGCUGGUGGAGGGCGACGAGGGGCGCAUGUGUGUGAACACGGAGUGGGGGGCCUUUGGAGCCUCCGGGGAGCUGGACGAGUUCCUGCUGGAGUACGACCGCGUGGUGGACGAGACCUCCCUUAACCCCGGUCAGCAACUGUACGAGAAGAUCAUCGGGGGGAAGUACAUGGGGGAGAUCGUGCGGCUGGUGCUGCUGAAGCUGGUGGAUGAGAACCUGCUCUUCAACGGGGAGGCCUCUGAGAAGCUCAAGACUCGUGGGACCUUUGAGACCCGCUUCAUGUCCCAGAUUGAGAGCGACUCCGACGACCGCAAGCAGAUCUACAACAUCCUGUCAGCCUUUGAGCUGCUGCCGUCGNUGCCCAGCACACCCCUGCCCCACGUCCCCGUGCCGUGUCCUGUCCUUGUCCUCUCCCUUUGUGGCUCACCUGUCUCUCCUCACACUCUCUCUGUCCCUGUCCCAGGAUUUGCAGGCACACCUGGCUACCUGUCCCCCGAGGUGCUGCGCAAAGAGGCCUAUGGCAAACCCGUGGACAUCUGGGCGUGUGGGGUCAUCCUGUACAUCCUGCUGGUGGGCUACCCGCCCUUCUGGGACGAGGACCAGCACAAACUCUACCAACAGAUCAAGGCUGGCGCCUACGAUUUCCCUUCGCCUGAGUGGGACACGGUCACCCCCGAAGCCAAAAACCUCAUCAACCAGAUGCUGACCAUCAACCCCGCCAAGCGCAUCACAGCCCACGAGGCCCUCAAGCACCCGUGGGUCUGCCAACGCUCCACCGUGGCCUCCAUGAUGCACAGGCAGGAGACAGUGGAGUGCUUGAAAAAGUUCAACGCCCGGAGGAAGCUCAAGGUGAGGGGGCUGCUGGGGAGCUGUGGGCUNGUGGGCACAGCAAGGAGCCUCAAAGUACCGUAA